GAGAGAGAAGCGUGGGUUGAGCAAACAUUACAUGCAUUGGCUAAUGGAACACAUGCCCAGAGACGGGAGCCGUUGAUCUGUUUACGUCGUUGUAAUCGAUCAGUGUUCACUCGCAACGGGUGUAGCAGGGCAUAUUUCUUGCUUCCGCCCGCGACCAUUGUCAGAUAUUUUCUCCGCUGGACAUCUCUCUGUUCGUGUCACGAUAGUCAACUUGCUGUUGUAUCGAAUCAUCCAGCCGUCUGUCUCACCAUGAACAACGACGACUUGCCUAUUGCGCUACGGCGCACGCGUCGAAGCUUACCCGGGGCGAAUCCCGCAGCUUCGUCCGUCCCAACGUCACAGCCUUCAACAUCACAACCCUCGACAUCCCAGACCCCACGCAAGAUAGCAAAGCGCAAAGUUCGCUUCUCAGACCCUGGGCCGUCUGUGUCGACACCGCGCACGACGACCCGUCACUCAUCCACCACCGGCCUGACCCCGAUGAUGAACCGCACGCUCCUCGGCCGGAACACGCCGUCCACCUCCCGCCGCCGCCGCCAUUCCACACCCGCCGGCAGCAGCACCCCCUCGGGAAGCGGCGGCCGCACAGCCGGAACGACAACCGACCUGCCUACCAGCGGCGAGGUUCACUUCCUCCCCCUCCGCCAGGUCCUCUCGGGCCGCGUCCAGCGACGCAUCCGCCGCAACGGCCUCAGCGAAGAGAUGAACGCCAUCGCCGCCGAGAAGCGCCGCAGCGCCAAGGCGGCGCAGGCCGAGGUCGAGCGGCUGCGCCAGGAGCUGCGGCAGAAGGACGCCGAGAUCUACGAGCUGCAGAACGCCACCAUCAUCCUGGACACCGAGCGCAUCUGGGCCCUCGAGCGCGAGGUCGACACGCUCCGCGCCGCGCUGUCGGAGCGGUCCGCCGCCGGCGCCGCGCGGGACCGGACCUGCUUCGACUGGACCCUCGCGGCACGGGACCCGUUCGCCGACGAUUUCUUCAUGGAGACGGAUACGGUUGAGGCCGAGUCCGUGUGCGGCGAGCGCGCGCAGUUCGGCGACGACACGGCCUUUGGGGACGCGACCAUGGCCGACAUGGUCUGCAGCACGCCUUCGCGGGUGCGCUCGUCGUUCCUGACGCCGCCGCUCACAAGCCCCGUCGCCGCCUCCGGUCCUGGACCGACACCGUCCUCGCGCAAGAGGACGACAAGAACGAGCGAGGUCCGCCCGCUGGCCGACGUCGGCGUGCAGGCCUGCUUCCCCGAUCCCGACACGGAACGUCUGGAGGAAGAGGUGGCGUCGCUGCGGCUGGAAAUGUCCAAGCUGACGAGCGCCCUCGCGUCCUAUUCGACCCUCGCCGACCGCCUGUCCGGACAGCUGUGCACGGUGGCGCCGCUGGAGAGCUCGCCGGACCCGCUGGCGACAAUCGAGUCGCAGAUCGCCGCCCUCCUCCGCGCGGCCUCGGACCGCGCCGCCGCGCUGCAGGACAUCGACGCGUCCCUCUGCGGGCUGGGCUUCCCCGGCGCCGACGCGUCCGAGGUCAUCGCCUCGCUCUCGGCCGCCCUACGCACCGCCCGGCUGGAACUCGAGUACCUGACGCCCGGCGAGAUCACCCUGCCGCUGUCGUCGCACGGCGGCGAGGUCCUCGACCUGCUGCUGACGCGGCUGCGGGAUCUGGCGAAGCGCGCGCGCGAGGACGAGGCCUCGAUCGACGAGUACCACGAGCUCGAGCUCUCGCUGCGGCAGCAGCUGGGCGCGCGCGUGUCUGCGAUGGAGGACCUCGACGGCGAGCUGCGGCGCGCGAGGACGGCGCUCGGCGAGCGCGGGGAGCGCGUCGCCGAGCUCGAGGUCAGCGUCGAGCGGCUCAAGGGCGCCGUGGCGGGCUACGUGCGGGACGUGGCGGAGCUGGAGGGCGUGGUCAACCGGAUGGAGGGCGAGCACCGCGACGCCAUGGCGACGCGGGACGCGCAGGUCGAGGUCGGGCGGCGCGUGCUGCGGGCCAAGGAAGACGCCAUCGCGAAACUCGAGGGCAAGCUCGCCGACGCCGUGGCGCAGGGCCGGUCGCUGCGCCGGCGGCUGCGGGAGGCCGAGGAGGCCCGGGCGAAGGAGGUCGCCGAGGCCACGCGGCGCGGCGGGCUGGCGCUCGCGGUGCGGGACGCGCGGGUGCAGGAGCUGCGGGAGGAGGUCGACAGGGUGAACGCGGGCCUGCGGGCGGCGCACGAGGGUAUCAAGGACCUGCGGGUCGAGAAGAGGGGGUUGGAGGUCGAGAUGGUGCGCGAGCGGGAGGCGGCCAAGGCGGUGAUUGAGGGGAUGCGCGGCGAGCUGGAACGUGUCGUCGGGAUGAGUCGCGAGUUCCUGGGCCCGGCGGGCGCGGAGGUGGCCGGGCCGGAAGUGGUUGGGACGGAGGAGACCGGGGCGGAUGGAAGAGUGGGGCCGAGCGACGGGGUAUCGGACGGCGACACCGGGACGAAGCGGGGGCUACUACUUGCUGGCGGCCUGGCCAGGAGGUCGUCGGCGAGGAAGAAGAGGAGGUUCGACAGCGGGUUGGGGUUCUUGGACGAGGACGAGGUUGAUGCAUGAUGCGUUGGUCAUCUUUGGCCAUUGCCCUGCUAGGCUGCUGUCGUAUCAUGCAUGCGUUCACACACGUACAGGCACUAUGUACACGCACACACACACACACACACACACACACACUCGGAGUCAAGGAGGAUGGAGUCUAGGCUCAUGUUCGAUCGUUUGCCGUCACCAGCAAGGCGGAUGUUUUCUUUGUCGGCUUCAUAGAUAAUGUCGUCAAGGCACGACCGGUUUGGGUAAUUGACUAGAGGCUCCGGAAUGCAACGGGGUGGCUUAUCUUUUGAAUCCGCG